GCAGCGUUACCCGGGAAGCGCCGGGGCAGCUGCUGGGAGGGGUCUUAGAAGAUCAUAGGACAUCUUUUGAAGAGCUGCCAUGUCUAGAAAUUUUGCAUCUUCCUUGGAACAGAACAACAAUACCUAUGAAACCAAAACCUCAAGUCUUCGAAUGUCAGAGAAGAAAUGUUCAUGGGCAUCCUAUAUGACCAACUCCCCGACUCUCAUCGUCAUGAUUGGUUUGCCAGCCCGGGGAAAAACCUAUGUGUCCAAGAAAUUAACCCGCUACCUCAACUGGAUUGGCGUGCCCACCAAAGUGUUUAACCUUGGGGUGUAUCGGCGUGAAGCAGUCAAGUCCUAUAAAUCCUACGACUUCUUUCGUCACGACAACGAAGAGGCCAUGAAGAUCCGCAAGCAGUGUGCUCUGGUGGCGCUGGAGGAUGUCAAGGCGUAUCUCACUGAGGAGAACGGGCAGAUUGCGGUGUUUGAUGCCACCAAUACUACCCGGGAGAGGAGGGACAUGAUUUUGAACUUUGCCAAGCAGAAUUCCUUCAAGGUAUUCUUUGUGGAAUCUGUCUGUGAUGAUCCUGAUGUCAUUGCCGCUAAUAUCCUGGAGGUAAAGGUGUCAAGCCCUGACUAUCCCGAGAGGAACCGGGAGAAUGUGAUGGAGGAUUUCCUGAAGAGAAUCGAGUGCUACAAAGUCACCUACCGACCCCUCGACCCAGACAACUAUGACAAGGAUCUUUCUUUUAUCAAGGUGAUAAAUGUGGGCCAGCGAUUUUUAGUCAACAGAGUCCAGGACUACAUCCAGAGCAAGAUAGUCUACUACCUCAUGAAUAUCCACGUCCAGCCCCGCACCAUUUACCUUUGCCGGCAUGGAGAGAGCGAGUUUAACCUCUUGGGGAAGAUUGGGGGUGACUCUGGCCUCUCAGUGCGGGGAAAGCAGUUUGCCCACACUCUAAGGACAUUUCUGGAGGAACAGGAGUUGGCAGACCUCAAAGUGUGGACAAGCCAGUUGAAGAGGACUAUCCAGACUGCAGAGUGUCUUGGGGUGACCUACGAGCAGUGGAAAAUUCUGAAUGAGAUUGAUGCUGGCGUGUGUGAGGAGAUGACCUAUGCGGAGAUUGAGCAGCAGUAUCCAGAAGAAUUUGCACUUCGAGACCAAGAGAAGUACUUGUAUCGGUAUCCCGGUGGGGAGUCAUACCAGGACCUGGUGCAGCGGCUGGAACCUGUCAUCAUGGAGCUGGAACGUCAGGGCAAUGUCCUCGUCAUCUCCCAUCAGGCUGUCAUGCGCUGCCUCCUGGCCUACUUUUUGGAUAAAGGCGCAGAUGAACUACCAUACUUGAGAUGCCCUCUUCAUACCAUCUUCAAACUUACUCCUGUGGCCUACGGUUGCAAAGUGGAAACAAUUAAACUCAAUGUGGAGGCUGUGGACACUCACCGUGACAAGCCAGCCGCAGCGGAUACCUUAGUAGCAGUGCACAGACGCCCCUCUGCAGCAGCCCUCACUUUGCUUUCCUGAUGAUGUGGAGGCUUGGGCCACACCUCUCCGAGGGACUGGGAUCUACUGAAAAGCUUGGGAUGUCAGCUCCACAAAGGCUAGAACAGAAAGUUAAGCUGGGACUGGACAUUUGGGGCCACCAAAAUGAGGCCUGGAAAAACGUCACCACAUAUCCUUCCCUCAUGCCUAAUGAGAGCAUCAAUUUCAUUGAAAAACUUAACUUCCUUGUGCCUCAAAACAUUUAACAGCCUGAACUGAUUAGUUUUUAUCAUCUUUUUGCUGAGUUUGGCUCAAGUCGGCCAAUCUCAUUCUGUGUGGGGAUUUAAUGUCCUGCCUAUGACUACCCGCAUCCUUUGCUGGCUAUUCUUUGUCUGAAGUACAAAUGUGCCUCUUCAGAUUUGGUUUCCAAGUGAGAGGGCUGAACUCCAGAAAGCCUUUUCUGUGCAGUAAGAGCUGGUCUCUGCAUCCAUUCCAGGCAAGCAGGCUAUAGUCCCAUAUAUGUACGCUAGCAGUCACUUUGCUACAGUCCCAUAUACGUGUGCUAGCAGUCACUUUCUGUACCUUGGAAACAGGGACUGAUGCCAGGUGAACGGAGGGUAUCUGAGAACUUCAGUUCCUGAAACAUCUCUUCUGCAGUGAUGGAAGAGCAGUGUCAGUAGCAAUCUUUUCAUUUAGAGAAGUUUUUCUUAUUCCAGGCCCUUCUGGCCAGUCAGACUGGGUACCCAUCUUCUAAGUUCUACUUGUAGCUACUGUAUUUUCUACCUGAUGUGUGUGCCUCUUAUAGCUGAAGACGGGGCUGAUGUAAUUCUCCUGAGUGAUUGGGAAGGCUGGCUGGGUGCCAUUUACAGCUUAUGAAGAAGUAAGGAAGCCUCCUUGGCAAUCAGCUCUGUCCAGGAGUUUUGGUUUCAAAUCAGGUGAAAGACAUGCCCUUUGGUAGGGGCUGUCACCGUGAUGUGGUCUCUAAGAAAGCUGUAACUGUGACUUAGCCUUUGAAAGCCUGCCUCCUAGCUAAUCACUAUUGUGGUCUACUGGUCUCUCAUAUAAAACGUUGGGAAAACCAAGGAGAACCAAGGCCUCAAAGCAUUAGUCAUUUGGUUUCCCUCAACAUAAACCAGAUAACUAGUCUCUAGAUGGGUGAUUGUCAAAUGUACAAAUUUGUCUCUGUAAUUGUGAUUUUAACGUGUCCCCACUCCUGAAGGGGAGUGUGGAAUCCCUAGAGGAUAUUAUAUCUUAUAAGCAAACUCUAUUUUUUUUAAAUAAUAAUAAUAUGUUUUUAGCUUUAAACGUUUUUUUUUUUUUCCCCCUUUCAUCCUAAUGCUCACUUGCUGGGCAAAAGGGUGAGUAGCAAAAAAAGUAAUGAAAUGCAGCUUUUCCCAAAUGGUUCUUUUAUACUGUGGAUGAUACUGAAUUCUGUUACCUAAGAUGUGAUGAGCUGGGCUGCAGGCGGUUCAGCAUUUGGCAACUAGGAGCUUAUUUUAUACGCACAAAGCUGCCUUCAAAAGGCUCCUUCUUGCUCUAUAGCAGAUGAUUUUCAUCUGGCUGCUUGUAGCAUGCUGUACUGUAAUGAUUUUGUUCUCGUGAUGUGAGUUUCUCUAUGCAUCUAACUAUAUUGUCUUGAUGAUCAGGCAAUGUUUUUAUAUAGUUAUUUAUUCUAACCAUGUAAGACAUUUUUAAGUCUGCAUAUUGCCGUUUGCAUGUAUUUAAUCAGAGUGUAAUGUAAUUUAUAUUGUCAGUUGUUUUGGUAGAAAUCUAGAUAGCCUGAGCUUUUAAGUCUGAUGUCAUAGUAUUACCUUAAGUUAAAUUUUCAGACUAUGGAUAUCUGCGUUCUGUAAAAGAAUAAUAAUGAUAUUAAGGGACAGUGAAUUUUUUUGAAUACUUUUUUCCUCAUUGAUUUUUAUUCUAAGUAUAA